GUUGAUCAACAAUCAGUGAAUCAGGGCCUCUCACGAAAUAAUGGCGUACUUCUUUACUUCUUUCUCUUAUUCUUCUUUAGUAAGAAACGCCGAUAUUAUAAAAUAAAAAAUAACAUAGGAUGAUAACGUACAUAGAUAAUACGUUGAUAUUUUUAUAUAUGUUCAGAGUGUUCUAAAAUGUCGAAAUAUUGCAUUAAAAUCGCAUGUCCGUACGUAUAUAGGGGCUUAGCUAAAACGUAGGUAGGGAAUAAUUUGUAAUUCUUUUCAGAAAUUACAUUUUCAUUAAGCAAGAAAAGUCAAGAAACAUUUCGACUAUAUUGCAACAACGUCGUAUAAAUUUAAUGCAAUAUAGCUGAAAUGGCUUCUUGAUUUUUCUUCUUUAUCGACGCGUCGUUUUGCGCGGUGCGCCUUGCGGGUCUACUGCACUUUCUGCGCCUAAAACAAAAGUGGGUGCCACAGCUGUUUUCUGAUUAUACAAACAAUUUAUCGUAAUUUCGUCAAAGAUAUACGUGCAUGAAUGUUCACGAGUCGCCCGAUAAUUCUGAGAUCCGGAUAAAGAUUGCAGACAGCUGCAACAGCAUCCUGCAAAAUUAUCGUCUGAACUUUAGAAUCAUCCAUAUAGAUGUAAACAAUUGUUAUGCUAACAUUUGUUGAUCGACAUUGAAUAUGACGUGGAAUCCUUUGAAGAAGAACUAUUUGACCCAGAGGCCAACUUCUGCGUCGCCACUUUUGUCUUAUACGGAAGAUAAAGAAUUGGACGUUGUUGUCCAAAAGCUCAUCUAUGUUGAGAGCGCGAUAAGAAAGUUGACCAAGGAGAUGAAGAAAUAUAUAGGAGCUCUGACGAAUCUAGACAGAGCUGAUCAACGAUUAAGUACAAAUCUCAUCAAUUGCGGGCUAGCACAGAAUAAUAAUGAAUGUAGAAAAAUAGUGGAAGAGUACUAUUCUGUUGCUACACAAGUGGGAAAGAACGUUCAGGAAAUCAGCAGCUUGUGCCAUAAGACAUUUAUCGAACCUCUAAAAAAGUUCAGAAAUGAAUUUAUCACCAUUGCUGCAGCGAUAGCAAAGCGUGAGGAACUAGUAGCUACGUGGAAAUACGUGUAUAAUCGUGUAAAAAAAUUACAAGAGAAAAAGGACAGGACUGCGAGCCACAUCGCGAAGCUGGAGAGAGAGCGACGAGCGGAGGAGGCAGCUGCUAAAGAGUUGAAGACUAUACACGCUCAGUUACUCACGGAAUUACCCACGUUUCUCGGGAAAAGAUUGGAAUACAUCAAUCCGAGCAUUCACGCAGUGAUCACGAUACAAUUAAAUUAUUACGGGCACGCGACACAGUUAUACACGCAAUUAAUGCCUAUUCAAUGUUCUUCUGAAUUCACAUCGAGCAUGAUACCUGAGGAGGAACAUCAGCGAAUUAUUAAUACUGAAUUAAAUAGACUGAGAGCGUUAACUAUAGUAAAGGACCAUUGAACAAGUACAACACGUUCCUCUAAAAAUUUCUAAAACUAACAUACAUAGAACAUAU